AUGAAAGGUUCACAAGAUGAUAAUGAUGUUCUUCCUGAAGCUAUUUUAUAUUUCUAUCCAAGAGAUGAUCAAAUAAGAAAACAAAAACUUUUAGAUUGUGGAGAAAUUGUUGGUAUGGUACAAUAUUUUCAACAUGAUCUUUUUCAAUCUAUACCAAAAAUAUUAUAUUUUCAAAAAACACUUGUUGUACAUGAACAUUAUGGUCGACAUAGUGGUUUUUUAUCUCUACCAUCUGACUGUUAUACAACAGAAGAAGCACAAAUUUAUCUUAAACAUAUUCUAGAUUUAUUUAAUAUGUUAUAUGGAACAUGGAAUCAUGUACAAUCAACUUAUGGAAAAGAUAAUAAAAUGCAUGAAUUUCUUAAUCAAGCAUUAACACCUAUUGUAAAUUAUGUUUGUCAUCAAAGUCGAUCAAUAUUACAUUUAUUUUCAACUGUUGAAUAUACACCAUUGAAAAAUGGUAAUCAAAGAAUAUUAUUAGAGAGUAAACAUUGUUUAGAUUAUCUUAAAUCAAAAUAUGGACUUCAAGAUGGUUUUAUUGGAUAUGAUAAUAAAAUUUUAUAUUCAACAUGGAAUUCUGAUAUAAACUAUUAUUUACAAAUUAUUUUUCAAUUAAAAAAACAAUUACCUAAAAAUUUAAUACAUAUACCAUGGGAAUCAGAAUUCAAAUUAAAAAAUGGUGUAUCACUUUUUCGUAUCUAUAUUCGUCAAUCAACAAAUAUAAUAUCAUUUCAAAAUACGACUACAGAUAAUAAAAUAUCAAAUAUAACAAAUUCAAAAUUAUCAACACAACCAAUAAAUAUAUUUAAUAAUUUAUCAUCACCAUCAAAUAAUUCAUUAUCAUUAAUAAAUCGUUGUAAUCGUACACCAUCAUCUAUUGAUAAAAAACGUCUUGGAUUAUUAAUAUUAACAGAUCAUUCUGGUUCAUCAGAAGAAACAGGAUUUGAAACUGAUACAAUGGAUGAAUUAUCAUCACCUAGUGCUAUUGAUACAAGAAGUAUAUCAUCAGAAUCUAUGAAUGAAAAUUUUAAUCAAAUUAAUAUACCGAAUUCAAAUGAUAAUUCAAAUUGUUGUUUUUUAUCAACUUGGCAAGAAGAAUCAUUAACUGAUGAACAAAAAUUAGAAAAUUUACGUUCACGUUCAUCAACAAUAAGUAAUGACAUGGAAAAAACUGUUAAAAUUGAACAUAUAAAUAAUUCAAUUGAAACUGUUGAUAGAAUUCAUAUUGUACAAGUUGAUACACAUGAUAAUAAUAAUAAUAAUGAUGAUGAUGAUGAUGAUGAUGAUCAGGCUGGAUCUUUUCAAGUACUUAGUCGAAGAACAUCAUAUGAUCGAACAACAACAGUAACAAGUAUUCCAGAAUUAAAUAUUUCAGAUUUUCAUAAAAGUGAUCAUCAUGAAUUACGUGUUAAUUGGACAAAUAUAGCAGAUACAAAUACAGAAUAUGAACAAGAUGAAUUAGUACUUUAUGUUCAACAAAAUUCACGUAUGAUAUUUGCAGGUGUUAUUCAACAAAGUUUAUUAAAUGAUGAAUAUCUUAAAAAAUUAUGGAAUUUAAUGCUUUCACAAAUGGCUAAUAUGGAAAGUGAAAUUCAAGUUAUUUCAACACCUAAUGAACCUAUUAAACUAACUACUGAUGUUAAAUUUCAAUUUAUUGAAAAUACUCAUCUAGCUGAAUUUGAAAGAAUGUCUGAUGGUAAUCGUCAAUAUCGUAAAAUGCCUACAGAAGAAAGUACAUAUAUGGCAUUAUUUGCUCAAUCAGAAUUUAAACGAAAUUCUGAAUGUAAAAUUCUUGGACUUUCACGAGGUAAUCAUUUAAUAUCUGUUGAUCGUUGUUUACCUGAUCGUAUGAAUUAUUCAUGUCGACGAUUUCAAGAAACAUAUUAA